AUUAUAGAAUAAACGUACGGAUCUCAUUUCCAGCGUUCUCUUCCUCGGCAUCAGUUUUAUUAGUUCUAUAAUUAAUUAGUUUUUAAUGUCUUAAUUUGUGUUUUAACUUCAAUUUAUUCAUUGGUUAAAGUUGUUGCAAGUUGGUUCGCCAAGGAAUUCUUGUUGAUGGAAUCAACAGCAGGAACCUGCAGAAUGAGUGGUAGGCGUCGUCCGUUGCAUGCAUGUGGAGUUUCUUUCAUGGAAAUCACUCGAAAAGCUUACAGAGAAGCCAAAGAAAUUAAUGGACCGUUAGGUUUAGUGACAAAGAAGUUGAUCAGGUUAGCUUCGUUUGCUUCCCUUCUUGAAUGUGUCCUGCGGUAUGAGUGUCUCUUCCUGGCAAUCCUCUCUUUUGUGGACGAUCAUAUAAUAUUAGCCCUUGAAAGAAAGGCUGAGGGUAUUUUCCCACCAUCAAGAUAUGUGUUCAACAAGGUUGACAAGCUCGUCCAAAUUGUAGAAACCCUUCCAGCAAAAUUUGAUUCUGCUGUUAACAAGUUUCCCAUAUUAAUCCACCAAAUUCCAUUUCUAGAUUGGGCGCUGUCAUGUGCUAUCUGUUGGCUGAACUUUUGGUUAUCUAUCCUGACUCAUUGGGGAUCAGAAACUACAAAAGAAAAGGAGAUCGUGGUCGAUAUAAACUGUAACAACAACAGUAUUGAACAGACAAUUGUUCAAGAAGAAGAUAGUAACGCAAUAGAGUUCCCAAAUCACGAUGGAAAUGAAACAAAGGUAUGUUUCUGUCCCAUAUCUGCAACAUCAGGAUCGGAAUCUCAGACAGGUAGUCCGAAAGUUGUGAGAUGCACAUACAAGGAUGCACUGGAAAAAGUUGUGAAAUCCACAAAUAAGGAUGCACUAGAGAAGGGGACAGGAGAAAGCAUACAGAACUCAGAGGAGAGCACAAAGCAGAUGAUCCAAUCCACUGUAAUUAGCAGUGAAGAAACUAGUAGCACAGAGCAGAUGAUCCAAUCCACUGUUAGCGGUGAAGAAACUAGCACUAAAGGUGAGACAAAUGAGAGCAUGAAACCGAAAGAAUGUAUUGCUGAGGAGGAGACAGAAGAAGCGAGGGCUAGCAAGGAAGCAACUGGAGAAGGAGGGGAUAAUACUGCAGUCAUCGAAGGUAAUCUAAUCAGUUUGCCGGCAAAUAAAAAGCUGACAAGCAUCAGCAAGGAAGAUCCAAUUUUAGCACUAUUCGAAUCUGCUUGGCACAUAUAAAUUCUAGAGAAAACGGCAACGAAAGCUGCUGUAAAUGUUCUACUCCAUACCAAUGGUAAAGGAAGCUUAUGUAAUUUUCCAUUUGAGCCAAUUGAAUAUGAAAAGGGGGGGAAUUUCAAUCUCUUGGUCUGAGGACAUUGCUGAAGAGUCAGCAUUAAAGUUCGUUCAUGAAUGCUGCAUAUAUUUUCUUA